CUAGCAGAAAUUCUGAAACGCGGGAUUUCUGUUGGGUUAGGGUUCUUAGACAUUAAGUUUUUUUAUCUCCCGUUGCACAAUGGCACAAGAGCGCACAAUACCAGGAUGUCCUUGGGCAUUUGCCGACGACAUGAGAGGAAUCAUUGAUAAAAAGGAAUUCAGGUUUGAGAGGCGAACUUGUUUUCGUUCGAAUCAUCAACUGUCACGCUACUAAAUUCUAAUCAGUUGUCAAACAACACGAACCUCUAAAUCUUCUCCUUAUUAGAGUUUUCGUUGUGGGAACCAAAAGAGUUGAAAGGAAAAAAAUAGGACAAAAUUUCCGCACAGCCCCAUACUUCAUUAGGCAUCCAUAUACGAGGCUUUAUUAUUCAGUGUAUCACCAACAAGAGGUGCAUGCAUAACGAGGUAUGGGGCUGUGCGGAAAUUUUUCCGUUGCAGUAUUUGCGCUCAGUACUAGUGUACCAUCUUUUCUUACCUCCACCAUCCUGUACCUUUUAGUGUGUUUUAAGAAUGUUCGUUUUUUCCUGUAAUUGUUUUAAUACGAUCAGUCUCAUAAAAGGAAAACUUAACACAGUUUUUAAGAAUGACAAGGAGUGUUGUGAACCUUAUGUAGAUUUCCUAUCCGAAUUGAUAACCUUGAAACAAGUUUCAAUUUGCUUGACUACUUUUGCAGUGAUGUGAAGUUUAUUGUGGGGUCAAACAGAAAAGUGAUCCGUGCAAACAAGUCAAUUUUGAUGGCAAGGUAAUACUGUUCCAUAGGUUAUCCCUUAGUAGUCUUAAUGUUUUAAAAUAAUCAAUAUUCUGUUUAGUUCCUAAUGAAUAAAGGGGGUAAGUUUGUAAAGAAACUGUGGUGCUGCAUCUGUGGAGGGCAUUACAAGAAAGUUUGGUUUAAAAACUGAGUUGAUAAUGUAAAAUGGCCCCAUAAAGUGUUUCCAAGGCUGAUGUUUUGAAUGUUACCCCUUGGUCUCAGGAAAAUGUUCAUCAAUCUGCAAUCAAAGAACUAACACUUGAAAUGUUAGCUUUAGAAAUAUUAGGUACUUAAGCCAAGCAUUAUCCGAAAAAAAAUUAUACUUGGAACUUGAUAUGGGAAUUGAACUUUUAUCAGCGAGAGAUAAGUGUGUGGUUGAUCAAUAGUCAAUUUGGAACCCCUUACACUGAGUACCAUUUUUCACAUGGACAAGUAUUGAUCAAUUGUUUGUUUUUUUGUAUAAAUGCAUUUAUUAUGAUUGUAGGUGUGAAGUUUUUAGAGCAAUGCUAUCAGAUCAAAAAGACAAUGUACGACCAAAAGCUGACCAGCAGGAUGUACCCCUUGUACUGGCAGAUGUUACUCCAGAAAUCUUUAUGUCAUUGUUGGAAUUUCUCUACACAAAUACAUGCACUCUGAAUAACAGAAAUGUGAGUUGAAAUAUCUUGCUACACAUGUUACUGACACAUCUCUAUUGAAAUUGAAGCAAGUGGAUGAUGAAUACAAUAGAUGUGUUUAACUGAUCAGCUGACUGAUAAGUUUACUUAUUGAUCAAAUACCUUACAUGAUAUUCAUUAACUGAUAGACUGCUGUUUGCUUGAUCAUUGUUCUUUGCAUGUUUGAUCUAUCAACUAGUUAAUGGUACUUAAUCAUUUUUUUUUGUUUGUUUGUUGAUUGGUUUUUUCAGGUGAUGGAAGUUAUGGGUUCAGCCAUGGAGUACAAUUUAGAACAACUCCAAAAGGUUUGUACAUUAUAUUCUGAUACUCAUGCUGUGAUGUGGUGUUUGGUACAAAUUUUAGAUGUAAUUUUUCACCUGUUUCCAAAACUUCAAUUAAUCUUUGAGGUGCACAAUUUUAUGCCUAAGGGUGUGGAACAGCAGACUACAUUCUGUGAAAGUGAAGAGAGUGAACUUGAGUGUGCCAUAUUUAUUUGCAAAUUAUAAAUUAAUUUAAUCAAUAUUGAUCUUUGCUUUGUCAACUCGUAGAUCUGUGAGCAGUUCAUUGGUGAAACUCUUGCCAUAGAUACAGCAUCAGAAGCAAUGCAGGUUUGUUCUAGGUUUAAUGGUUUUUGAUUGGAAUUAGUUAUAAUCACCUACAAAUGAGUAAAGACGAUCUUAAACCUUUUUCACAAAUGUGGGACACAAAUGUGGGACACAGAUGAAGAUCCCAAUCCCCUGUAAGGAUUUCAACCAAAUCCAGUAUUUCUAUGCACCAUUUUUUGUGUAAAAAAAAAAAUUGGGGACAAUUUAUGAUUUGAAUGACAGAUGAAGGAAAACCUGUAUCUUCCAUGAAAAUUUCAAGGUUUUAUGGUCAACUAUCUACUGUGUCAUGGUUAUAGUUGACCAAAUAUUUAUUUAGAUUGCAGUCACCUAUGGACAGGAGGAGUUAAGAGAGCGAUGCUUAGAUUUUAUUGAAGAAAACACAGAGAAUGUAUUCAGAACAAAAGGAUUCCAUGAGCUGUCAGAGGAGGCAUUGGCACUACUUCUACAAAGUGAUAAACUGAUGAUGGAUGAACUGGAAAUUCUUUCAGCUGUGAGGGAAUGGGCCACAGUGAACUCUGUAAGAUAUUUAUCAAUAGCUUAUUGUCUGUGAAUUUUAUUGCUAUGUCUGGGGUUAACCUUAAAGUGGUGUGAAUGUGCACUUUAUGUGACUAGGUUCAAUUUGAAGCUUCAAUAUCCCCUCCCACGCACCCCCAGUCAUUUGAAUUUUGGAAGAUUGGUUCAUUCAAAUUCCUGCCGCCCUUCCACCAGACCAAAAUUGCCACCAAAUGCCCCUACAAAUGUUGUAGAAUUUAGCAUAGUCACUUAUUAACUUAUGUGCUGCUGUUGGGGUUUUUGUUAGUAAGCAUCAUUUUAAGGUUGAAAACUGUUUAACUGAGCCAUUCACUCGUAAAACCAGACUCUUUAUGUUUAAACUUCUUCAUCAUAACAUAUGUAUUUUGCUGGAAAGACUUGACACUUCUGGUUCAAUGCUCCACAAAUGAUGGUCAAUUGCCAAGCAGGGGGAGAUGUUGAAGCUUUGAAUUGAUUUGUGUAUUAUUCUGUUGUAAUCUUGAGAAAGAUUCUUUUACUCUUUACAUUCACAGUGCCUCUCUCUCUCUGGGGGGGGGGGGGUGGGGCAGAGGGGUUGAUGGGUAUAAAUAGAAACAGUCAGAGAAACCUGUCACAAUCCUCUGAAGUUGGGGAGGAGGAUGGUGAUUUGGAAACUGUGAUUAGCCUCCCAUUGAGUGGAGCAUUAGAAGUAGUAUUCCUUUAUCAGGGAGUAGUAUUCCUUGGUGCUUAACCCUUCAGCCAACAAAAGUGACUGACUUCUAAUUUCUCCAUACAUUAUCACUCUUAAGUCAAAUGUAAAGGUUAUGAGAAUAAAGAGAAUGAUCACCAAAUUAAGAAGCUCCUUAUAUUGUCAAACAGCUGAAGAAGCUGUCUAAUUAUUGAAUUUUCCUCUAUACUAUGUUACAGUGUUACUAUGUUAAGCUUUGACAGAAGGGGCCAUUAUUCUAUAGUGCAGAAUUACUUUGUUACUGCUUACCAUACUUUGAACAGGCCAGCUGGUCUGGGAGGCUUCAUAUUUAGUGUUAAUGUCUGGGAAACUAAGAUAAAUAUUUCUGGAAUGUCUUUCCUUUUAUUUCAAGGUGGUUCUUAGUAAGUCAGUUUCUGAAAUAGCACAGAAUGUAAUCCAAUAUGUAAGGCUUGCCUUACUCACACCUGAAGAACUUAAACAGGUUGAACUAGACAACGAGAAGGAUAGAAUGAUUCCGGUAAGUCUUGGUGAAAACAUCCCUGUACUGAGCCAGUAAACCAGUGUACCUAAUUGUUAUUAUGUGGUUCUGCACCAACUCAGUUGAACAGACCUCUCUGCCACCUCUUAUUUGAAAAAUAUGUAUUCAGCAGGGAGUUCUUCAUUCAGAAUGAAGAGAAAAGAAGUUCGAAAUUAUUGAGCCUUUUCCACGUCAAUAGAUUCUUGCGUAUUCAUUUUAUAACGCGUAAAGCGUAGGCAAAUGUUUUCAUUUGCCUGUUAGUCCGUUUGCAGUACGUAUAAAGUUCCUUCUUUUUUGCGUACGUAUUCGGUCUGUACGUGCGUAUGUGCGUGUGAACGCUAGAUGAUACGUAUUUAAUUUCCAUAAACGCUUUCAUGCGCGCAGCACACGCGGUUUCGUUAUUAGAGUGCACUUGUUAGGCCGUGCGAUCGUGCACGCAAGCAUGCUUGCGAACGUGUGACUUUUCACGUUUUAAUCAAGUUUUGCGUUUAUUUCAGAUCAAACAAAUAUCUGAAGCGUGGAAAUAUCACGCUCUGAGAAAAUCACCCAAACACAGCGCUACUGUACCCAGACCACGACCGCGCCGAGGAACAAAACCACGGGAAAUGUACACUGAGGCUCAUUAACUUUAACAGCCGCGUAAUACUGGGAUUUGAUGACUGGUAGUAAUGCCCUGAAUACAAGAACCAUUGCAACUGAAUUCAUAAAAUACAAGUAUAAGUUUGCAUUAUAUCUGCCAACCAUUUUCUGAGUUAUUAUACUUUUUUGUGUUAUUAAGAAUAUUUUUUUUCCUUCUACAUUAAGGGGAUACAAAUUUUUGCGAGAAAAAAAAAACUUUAUGAAGGUUUAGGAGUUGUAUUUUUAUACCAUAUCGCUUUUGUAGUCAUUUUUCGUGUGCAAACUUUGCAAACAAAGUUUACUCUAUAAAUAAUCUCUCUCGAUGUCGGUAUGUUUUCGCCUCAUGAGCCAAUAUAAUCAUUACAAUAUCCAUUCUGAUAUGAUCCCCAAAAGGCAGCUCUUCAGCUGCUAUGAAGUUCUACUCUGAGUUGCCAAUAUGUCACUGAAACUGAUGUUGGUAUUAUAAUUCGUUUUACGAAGAGAGAACUUAAUUUUUUCCCAUAAGAAUUUCUCAUGCAAAUUUAGUUGUUUUCGUGGUGCCCCUGAUUUUCAUGCGGGAUUAGAUGAAAGAAUCCACUUCAUGCGCUUAAUUCUUUCUUACUGUAGAGCUGGGUCUUUAUAUCGGAGCCG